AUGAUUUUGAGUGACAGUUGGUUAAAUUUCACUCAUAUUCUCUUGUUCCAGCAUCAGUUUAUAUAGAUUUCCUUGCAAUUGUCCAAUGAGUUAUUCCGAAGAGGAAGCCGUUAGACGGCUCCAGCAAUUAGACAAUUCACAGCAGUCAGUGGAAACCACUUCGAAAUGGUUUUUGAGUUCAAAGGACAUGGCAAAAGAACUUGUCAAGUUAUGGUUUAAGGAAUUCAGAAAAGGUGAGCAACUAUCUUUGUGUUUCUAAUGUCAGCAUCGUGAUAGCGCCACCGAAGAAGAAGAUUGCGUUUCUCCACUUGGCCAAUGACGUAAUUCAGAGUGGUAUUACAACUGCCCCUCAGUUUGGGAAGCUUUUCGAACCCGUUUUACCUACCGCUUUUAAGGAAACAGCCAAAGUUCAACGGCAUUCAGUCCGGGCAGCGGUUGCUCACCUGUUGAUCGUGUGGGCUUCGCGUCACAUCUAUUCAAGGAGUUUUUUACGUCAGCUCCGUUUCAUCUGCCAACGAGCGGUGGCCGAAGCAGAUACUCCGGGUGCCAACGAGGAAGUUAAACGAAAUAUCAUCGCAGCGUCUCCAUUCGCCUUCUCGUUCACAACCGUCCUUACGGCUUUUGGGGACACCGUCCCUGCUCCCGCCAAAAUACCAACUCCGGGUUCACAUAGUAAGCGUCACAAAGGAACAAAGUCCACUAUGUCUUUCGCGCCACAGUCAUUGUCAAUUGUGAGCUUUAGUCCAACAGGUUUGAGUGCGGAUUCUACGCGCACUUCUAUAUCAGCCUUUCGAGAGGAGUUGGCUCGAGAGUUACAAACGGAAGCUAUCACACCUCCCCAGACAUCAGAACUUUUGGAAAUGCUAGAAAAGUUGCAGCAACCCACAGCAUCGGGAGAUGCCGCGACCCGGCGAGCGAUUGCCCAGUUCCCACCUGAAGUAUCGGACGCCAACAAAGCAGUAGAGAUAAUUACAAACGCUUCUGAAUCCGAAAGGCACGAGUUAAUCAGCCGUAUUGCCAAUUGUGCCACCCAGCUGAAUAAAUACAACGAACUUUUGGAGGAAGAAUCGUCCCAGCGACAAAAGUUGAGUCUAAGCUUGCGUGCCUACCAUGCCCAGCUGAAGAUCCGCAUCAAGGAUUUUGAAGCAGAAUUAAGAGAGCUCAAGGAAAAAUGUGCGCACGGCCUAGCGCUGAAGCAAGAACUGUCAAAGCAUAUGUCCAGUCUACCUGACCUGAAUUUAUUGCCAGAUAUGACUGCUGGCCUUGAUCCGUUGCCCACUGUUGGGGAUUUGUUUGGAUAACGGUCUCUUUGUUAUCCUUAUUUUAUCCCUGAUCUACCCCCUUACUUUUACUGGUGUAUUACUUCCCAGUCUGGUUACCGAAUGUACAUAAUAACAACUCA